AUGUAUGAUGACAGGGGAGAAGAAAGCAAAAUAAAGUAUUUCAGGUACAUGUUCCGAAGUAAUACAGAAAAAAGACAGGUGUCUUCAAAUGCCAGGACUUUACCCCAGAACACUCAAGCUGACCGAGGAGAUAGGGAGCCGAGCCUCCAUGAGCCCAUGUACUAUUUCCUCUGCAUGCUGGCCAUCACCGACCUGGUCUUGUCUACAUCCACCCUGCCUAAAAUGCUGAGCAUCUUCUGGUUCAAUUCCAGAGAGAUCGAUUUCAGCGCCUGCCUCGCCCAACUGUACUUCGUUCACUGCUUUGCAGUGAUGGAGUCUGGAAUCUUCAUGGCCAUGGCGUUUGAUCGCUACGUGGCCAUCUGCCAUCCCCUGAGACAUUCCACCAUCCUGAGAAACUCUGUAGUAGUCAAGAUUGGCCUGGCUGUGAUUCUGCGAGGCAGCAUUAUCGUACUGCCCUAUCCUUUCCUGGUGAGGAGGUGGCAAUACUGCAGAACCAACAUAGUCCCCCACUCGCACUGUGAACACAUCUACAUGGUGAAGCUGGCCUGCGGUGACAUCAGCAUCAGUAGUUACUACGGCCUCUUUGUGGCUCUUCUCGUGACUGGUGUGGAUGUGUUUUUUAUUGCAGUGUCCUAUACCCAGAUCCUCAGGGCCAUCUUCAAGCUCCCCACAAAGGCUGCCCGGCUCAAGACCUUUGGAACCUGCAGCUCCCAUCUUUGUGUCAUCUCAGCCUUUUACUUCCCAUCUCUCUUCUCCUUCCUUACGCACCGCUUUGGCCACAAUGUGCCCCUGCAUUUCCACAUUCUCAUUGCCAAUGUGUAUCUCCUACUACCCCCUGUACUGAAUCCCAUCAUUUAUGGCUUAAGGACCAAACAGAUCCGGGACAGGAUCCUGCAGCUCUUUACUCAUUAA